CAAACCGAGUUAUUUGUUCCGUAUUGGCCGAACAUAGCGGAUAUAGUUAUUGUCUGAACUACAUAGAUACACUGUGCGCGUAUAUUACUUAAACUACAAUAUUUAUAAAGGAAUAUUCACAUUCAACCCGCACGUAUUGACAAUUCGAGUUUUUAAAAUGACAUUCAAUGAAGUUCGAGUUAUAGACGAUACCGAGGACUACUUCACUUACAUCGCAGAAAUCACGAAAAGCAACGAACAAGAAGAUGCCUUUUACGUAUUAGACGUAGGGGAUGUCGUAGAACAGCACCGAAAAUGGUUGUCAACAAUACCCAGGGUGGAACCUCACUUCGCAAUAAAAUGCAACCCUAAUGGAACGGUGAUAAAGACAUUGGCUGCCCUCAAUGCUGGUUUCGAUUGUGCUUCAAAGGAAGAAAUUAGUCAGGUUUUGUCAGCUGGGGUGUCAGGUGAUCGCAUCAUCUUUGCCAAUACAAUGAAACAAAAUUCGCACAUCAAGUACGCUAGGAUGGUAGGAGUGACCAAUCUUACCGUCGACAGCGAAGAGGAAUUGUACAAAAUGAAGAACUUGUUUCCCGAGGCAAACAUUAUUAUCCGUUUCCGGUGUGAUGCGGCCGUAUCCGAGAUAGAACUGGGUUCCAAAAGUGGCUGCGAUCCAAUCUUCGAAGCACCACAGCUAGUAAAAAAAACCAGAGAGCUGGGGCUCAAUCUUCAUGGGUUCAGUUUCCACGUGGGAAGUGAUUGUGGCGAACCUAUGGCUUAUGGCCGAGGAAUCGGUAUCGCCCAAAAUUUGUUCAAGUAUGCGGAGUCACAUGGUUUCCAAAAUGUAAAGCUACUUGAUAUUGGAGGAGGAUUUCCCGGCGGCGACAAGUCCAUCGAUGAGAUCGCCAAGAUAAUCAACGAGGCCUUGGAAGGGGUGGAUCCGUCGAUAAGAGUAAUUAGUGAGCCAGGGAGGUACUACGUAGCCUCAGCAUUCACCCUCGCCUCUUUUGUGUUCGGUAAGAAAACCGUUACCGAGGAAGGCAAGAUCCGGAACAUGUAUUGGAUAAACGAUGGAAACUUUGGAUCAUUCAUCGACCAUCUGUUGGCAAUCAAGACUUACUCACCGAUUGCUUUGAAUAAGCCGGUGUGCGAAAAGAAGUAUCUGUCAACCAUUUGGGGACCAACGCUCGACCCUUAUGACUGCGUUAUUCGUGAUCAUUGGUUUCCCGAACUUGAAAUCGGUGAUUGGUUAGUAUGGCCAAACAUGGGUGCCUACACUCUUUCUUUGGCGGGAACCUUUAACGGAAUCCUUCCACCAGCUGUAUUUCCCUUCAUCAAGAGGGAAGCGUUGAAAUCGUUAGACUUGGAACAAAAAAUGCAUCCGAAAAUUAAAUCUCUUUUCGGAACUGAAGAGAACCACUGGGAUCAACAAUCAAAAAGUACGUCAGUAACAAUAAUCCAAUGAUGGAGGCCAAGUCUCUGUAGAUUAUAUGGAAACGAAACACCGUUAUACUAGCCCGCCAGUAGACAAUCCAAAUGUGAAUUCGUAAUAUACUGUAGCUCUCGCUAGAAUUACGAAAUAAAAUGUGGAUACUUGAGCUUGUGUGACAAAUAAGUGGUGAAAAUUAAAAUGUUGAGAAAAUUAUGUUUAUUGCUAAACGCGGUAUUAUUUGCUUACAGUCUGAAACAAGACUGUUCUUACAAGAAUGCUAGUCGACACAGCACCCUUAUUAAUUUUAACAGAUAAGACGUUUACAAACUUCUUUUAUCUUUGAUGGCUACUAGAUCAUUAGAAAGGGGGGUAAGACGGGUGAUUUCACCCUUGGUAAUAAUACCAUAACGGGUUAUCGUAGAGCACUUACAACUUCUUGCAACAACAUGGCAGCCGCAUCUUGCAAAGUAAUUUUCGCAAGACCUCUUCGUAGAGCUACUUCGGAAAAAAUCUUCUUACGUUUGAUUUCUAGCGUUACGAGCCCUACUGUCUAUUUCUUUAUUGUGUGCGUAUUUCAUUUGGCGAAUAGAUCAGCGAUUUUCAAUAUGUACGUAGUGAUUCUUUACCUCAGGAUGAUGAUAAAUUGGUAAUUCUUGGAUAUGAAGGUAAAAAAAUUGAAUAAAGUGAUAUUUGUUUACGUCUCGACCCGAGUUGGGGCCCUCCCCAGAACGAAAUAUUUAUUAUAGUUUGUUGUACAAAAAAAACGGAAAAACUCUAAAGAAAAAUUCUUAAUUAAUUAUUGCCUGGAUUAAUACAUCACCGUUACAGCAUCUGGUGUGCCUGCGCACUAUUCCACAAGGGGUCGCCCUUGUGUAAUUGAUUUCUAUUUAACUAAAAACUUCUGUACUUACUCGUAGCCAGUAAGCAAAAGCACAUUAUCCUCCGAUCCAGUUUCCAUGGUUACAAAUACAAAAAUCGAUAUUACGGAUGAAAAACCCAUUAAUGAUUUGAAAAAUACCAAUUGGUGGAAUUUUCGAUCAUAUCUAUACAGUAGAACCUCGAUUAUCCAAACCAAUUGGGACCGAGACUAGUUCGGAUAAUCAAAAGUUCGGAUAAUCGAAUCGUGCGUUUUUUGAGACGAGAUCAUAAACAAGACCUUUUUACAUAAAAACAGUACAUACAUAUGUAUUAAAAUUUAGCAUACAUAUUAACGUUGAAAUACACACACACACACACGUAUAUAAAUUCCCUCAAAAUUUAAUUUUUUUUUCUCAAAUUUCUAUAACUCGGCGGCAUUUUGUGCUAUCAUAUCGCCCGAAUUUGGAAAUUACUCAGGAUUAAGCGUUCUACAAAAGUGCCCGUUACGACUUAACUGUAACUCACACCGGUGAGACAGUGUAGAUCACUAAAGUCAAAUUUUGUA